UCCACAUUGCAUCUGGUGGUUCUUAUAUUGAAUUCCAAUUUCCAUUUCCACUUGGUCCUUCUCUCUCUCUCCCUCUUUCUCGUCACUAGCUCUGUGCAUUCUUCUCUCGCUCUCUGCCUUCCAUCACACUCGGCAAUUCCUUUCCCAAGAUAGUAGAAGAUGGCAGACACUGAGGAUAUUCAACCUCUUGUUUGUGACAAUGGAACAGGAAUGGUUAAGGCUGGAUUUGCUGGAGAUGAUGCCCCACGUGCUGUGUUUCCCAGCAUUGUAGGUCGUCCUCGUCACACUGGUGUGAUGGUUGGCAUGGGCCAAAAAGAUGCAUAUGUUGGUGAUGAGGCACAAUCUAAGAGGGGUAUUUUGACUCUCAAGUACCCCAUUGAACAUGGAAUUGUGAGCAAUUGGGAUGAUAUGGAAAAGAUUUGGCAUCAUACCUUCUAUAAUGAGCUUCGUGUUGCCCCAGAAGAGCAUCCAGUUCUCUUAACUGAGGCCCCUCUUAACCCCAAGGCUAAUCGUGAGAAGAUGACCCAAAUCAUGUUUGAGACCUUCAACACCCCUGCUAUGUACGUAGCCAUCCAAGCUGUUCUUUCACUGUAUGCAAGUGGUCGUACAACUGGUAUUGUGUUGGAUUCUGGUGAUGGUGUCAGCCACACUGUCCCUAUCUAUGAGGGUUAUGCACUCCCACAUGCCAUCCUUCGUCUUGAUCUGGCCGGUCGUGACCUCACUGAUUUCUUGAUGAAAAUUUUGACUGAGCGUGGUUAUUCCUUCACCACCUCAGCCGAGCGGGAAAUUGUAAGGGAUGUGAAAGAAAAGCUGUCUUACAUUGCCCUUGACUACGAGCAAGAACUGGAGACAGCCAGGACCAGCUCAUCCGUCGAGAAGAGCUACGAGUUGCCUGAUGGGCAGGUCAUCACUAUUGGCGAUGAGCGUUUCAGAUGUCCAGAGGUUCUGUUCCAACCAUCCAUGAUCGGAAUGGAAGCUUCAGGCAUUCAUGAGACAACAUACAACUCCAUAAUGAAGUGCGAUGUUGAUAUCAGGAAGGACCUUUAUGGUAACAUUGUUCUUUCAGGAGGAACAACCAUGUUCCCUGGUAUUGCUGACAGAAUGAGCAAGGAAAUUUCUGCAUUGGCACCCAGCAGCAUGAAGAUCAAGGUUGUAGCACCACCUGAGAGAAAAUACAGUGUCUGGAUCGGUGGUUCUAUCUUGGCAUCUCUUAGCACCUUCCAGCAGAUGUGGAUUGCAAAGGCAGAAUAUGACGAAUCUGGUCCAUCAAUUGUGCACAGAAAGUGCUUCUAAACUGUUUCGAUAGAUAGGGUUAUUGAAGGGAAAGACUACUAUCAUCACGAUUUGUCUGGAAGCAAUGCAUUGCAGAUUGUAACCCUUUGAUUCUAGCUUUUGUUAUCCUUUCAUUUUAUUCUCUUGUUGGAGUGAUCAUUUAUUUGCAGGUGAGGAGAGUUGUUUUUUAAAAUGGUCCAGUUCUUUUCUUAUACUUUGAUAAGUUUUUAACUGGUUCAUUCUGAGUAUGAGUUAGCUGGAUUAUAUCAAACUACGCUUGUACCCUUGUUAUGCAUAAUUAUAAUCCUUCAUCCGUUGAACUACAAGUUAACUCUUUUCAAAUACAACAGUAGCAAGUUAAUUCA